ACGUCAUAGUUAAUUUCUAGAGUUUGAAGAAAUCGAAUGUGUUGUCUAUAUAAAAAUAAGUUUUAUCGGGGUAUAAAGAAUAUUCAACGUUUAGAAGGGAACAUUUUCUUCUGACAUGAGUACUCAAUAUGAUAUUCCUACUUGAUUAGAAACUUGGUUCAAAUAAGUUAAAUUAAAUCAAUGUGAAAAUAUUCUUAAAUUGACCAUUUCGUGUAUAUAAAUAGAUAUUAAAAUCGGUGAAAAGAUUAAGAUAAAGUCAUAACAACCAAAGGCGUUGAAAAAAUCCUUUAUGAUGUCGAAAGCACACUGGUUUGUACUAUGUAAUGUUCUGUUCGCUUCUAUACCAACUGCAGUUCUUGGAAUAGACCUCAGUCGACUCUACGGACAUCUUCCGCAGGUUUCAAAACGUAGUGAAGCAUGUCAUCCCUACGAGCCGUUCAAAUGUCCUGGGGACGGAAAUUGCAUCUCUAUUCAAUACCUCUGCGACGGUGCUCCAGAUUGUUCAGAUGGUUACGAUGAAGACAUGAGGCUCUGCACGGCCGCUAAGCGGCCCCCAGUGGAAGAAACAGCAUCCUUUCUACAGAGCUUACUUGCAUCCCACGGCCCAAAUUAUUUGGAAAAACUGUUUGGCAGUAAAGCUAGGGAUGCACUUGCUCCCCUCGGGGGUGUUGAGAAGGUGGCCAUCGCACUGAGUGAGUCUCAAACUAUCGAAGACUUCGGAGCAGCACUUCAUCUUAUGAGAUCUGACUUAGAACACUUGAGAUCAGUUUUCAUGGCAGUGGAGAAUGGUGAUCUUGGAAUGUUAAAGUCUAUAGGUAUCAAAGAUUCGGAACUAGGAGAUGUAAAAUUCUUCCUCGAGAAGCUUGUAAACACCGGAUUUUUGGACUGAGUGGCACCAGAGCUAUACUCACCAUUUUAUUAUUCAGUUCCCCUUCAGCCUCAGUUUUAUUCCUACCUUAGUCCUUCUUAUGAUGUGUAAUUAUCAAAAAAAAAAUUUGGCGGUAAAGCCAGAGCCGUGAUUUCGAGAAACUGACUGACACAAAACCAAACUUGAUAAUCACAGUUUUGCCUUUGCAUUUGUUAUAUUUUUUGUGAACAUUUCAAUCGUAGUUAUCAAUUAAGUCAAUUUGACAACAAAUACGUCCAAACCUAUAGUGUUCGCUUUAUGCAAACAAGAAUAAAAAAAAACAAGAGCAUUGUUUAUACAUAUUAUUGAACCACAAUUUCGCAAAAAAGUAUUUUUUUUUUCUAUCCAAAAUGAGCUUUAUACCUCACCCUGAGAACACAACUGAAUCAGCAACGUAAACAUAUCAACCAAUUCAACAAUCGGAUUAUUAUAUAAAACAAAGAAACUUCAAUAUUUAAGAUAGUGUCAUUCCUGGAUCUAGUGAAGGUUAUAUCGAAACAUUAUACGAAAGCAUAGUCACGAAUGGUAUUAUGAAUAAGUAAGAAUGAAGUCCAAUAUCUCUCGAGAAGUCACUAUUGUGUAUAUUUUUCAAUAUAUUCCACUGAAAAAGAA